UCAGCCCCGCGGCUCCUUCGCGCGGCGACUCCGGGGAGGGGAGGGCCUCCAUCCCGCCUCUCCUGGGUACUCUCCUGGAUGUCUACACCUUGGUGCUUAUGGAGCCCAUUGCUUCCCAGCACUUCUUUCUGCCAGACACCCUUCUCUUCUUCCUCCUCAGCUCGAUUCCACCCUUGUCAGCCCAGUUUACCGUCGUGGGGCCAGCUGAUCCAAUCCUGGCCAUGGUGGGAGGAAACAUCACAUUCCACUGCCACCUGUCACCUGAGAAAAGUGCCGAGGACAUGGAGGUGCGCUGGUUCCGGGCUCAGUUCUCCCUGGCAGUGCUCGUGUAUAAGGGUGGGCGAGAGAGAACAGACUUGCAGAUGGAGGCAUACCGGGGAAGGACAGCCUUCGUGAGCGAAGAUAUCUGCCGGGGCAGCGUGGCGCUGGUCAUACACAACAUCACAACCCAAGAUAACGGCAUCUACCGCUGUUACUUCCAAGAAGGCAGGUCGUACGAUGAGGCCAUCAUGCGCCUGGUGGUGGCAGGUCUGGGCUCUGCACCCCACAUUGAAAUGAAGGGCCAUGAAAAUGGGGGCCUCCGGCUGGAAUGUACCUCUGUAGGGUGGUACCCACAGCCCCUUGCAGUGUGGCGGGGCCCUGUCGGUAAGAUCAUGCCGGCCCUGGAGGAGGCUUACACUGUGGACACCAAUGGCCUUUUCCUGGUAGCCACAGCUGUGAUCAUCAGAGACUGCGCUGUGAGGAGCAUGACCUGCACCAUCAACAACACGCUGCUCAGCCAGGAGAAGGAAACCGUGAUUUUCAUUCCAGAAUCCUUCAUUCCCUGCACGUCCCUCUGGAUGGCAACUCUGGCCAUUAUCCCCCCCGUUCUGCUCCUCCUCAUCGCAGGGGGCAUCUGUCUCAUCAAAAAACUCCACGGGGAAAAAGAGGUCCCAUCAGUGGGAAAAAAGGUUGAAAAUGAAGAAAAAGAACAUGUGGAAAAAGAGAAAGAACAUCAAAUAAGAGAGCAACUUCAAGAAGAAUUGCGAUGGAGAAGAACCCUCCUACAUGCAGCUGAUGUGGUCCUGGACCCAGACACGGCUCACCCAGAGCUCUUCCUGUCAGAGGACGGGAGAAGCGUGAGUCGGGGCCCCUCCCGGCAGAGCGUGCCUGACAACCCGGAGAGAUUCGAUUGUCGGCCAUGCGUCCUGGGCCUGCAGAGCUUCUCUUCAGGGAGACAUUACUGGGAGGUGAAGGUGGAAAACGUGAUGGUGUGGGCUGUGGGCGUUUGUAGAGACAGUGUUGAGAGGAAAGGGGAGGCCUUACUGGUUCCUCAGAAUGGCUUCUGGACUCUGGAGAUGUUUGGAAACCAGUACCGGGUCCUGUCCUCCCCUGAGAAGGUUCUGCCCCUGACAGAGCGCCUCCGGCGCGUGGCCAUCUUCCUGGACUACGAGGCCGGAGACAUCUCCUUCUACAACAUGAGAGACAGAUCGCACAUCUACACAUGUCCCCGUUCGCUCUUUUGUGGGUCUCUGAGGCCUUUCUUCAGGCUGGGGUCUGAUGAUAGCCCCCUCUUCAUCUGCCCAGCAUUCACGGGGGCCCAGGGGAUCAUGGUGCCUGAGUCUGGCCUGAUCCUUCACAGGUCAGGCACCCAGCAGAGCCUCCAGGAUCAAUUCCGUGGUCUCAGAGCCUAGUGGAGAAAAGCCCAGGCCAUCUCAGCUAUCUCAGCACAGCGCCCUGUAGAGGAACAUGGCCUGGUUCCCCUGGUCACAUCAGAGGGCUCGGUCAGCCACCCCCUGGACACCCUUUGCAGGCCCAGACCCUAUCUCUCCCUCGUUAGGCCGUGGUAAGUAGCUCAUUGGCUUUUAACCUUGGGGAAGGGCACAGUGUCAGGGAAACUAGCACUACCACAUGGCUGCCAGCCAAGAAGGAAGUGUGAGCCUGAAACAGGCAGAAAACCUGCCACUUUGACAUCAGAGUGACACAUCAACCUGACACUCGAGUUGACAUCAGACACUGUGGACUCAGGGCAAGGGCAACAGGACACCUCAGGAUGUACCAGGAGCAGGGAAAGCACAAAUAAAGGUCAGGGGUAGAAGCAGCAAGACCAGGGAGGUAGGAGGGGCCAAGGCUGUGAGCAUCCUUAAGCCCCUUCUGACAAGCCAAGGAAGGGUUCCAGGAGCAGAAGGUCCGUUUCCAUUCCACCCCCAAGAUUUCCCAAGGGCAUAGGAAAGCUCUCUGUGCCUGGAAUUGAGACGGAGAAGGAUGAAGGAGAAAGAUCCCUCUGGAUCUGAUCUGGUGGUGGUGUCCAUGCGAUAAGCAAGGAGAGAGAACUCAGUUAUUGAGUAUGCCCUAAGAUUUAAUGUCCCCAAAGAGCAGGUGAAGAUCACAAGUGGACCACAAGAGAGAACACCAGUUCCCCGCUUUGGGCCUCAGGAUUCCUUCAAACACUUGAAAUGUUUUGAGGACCCCCCCCCCUAAGAGCUUUUGUUUAUUUGGGCUGUAUCUGCUGAUAUUUAUGACAUUAGAGGUUGAAGCUGAGAAAAAAAAAUGUUAGAUGUAUUGUUAAUUUAUGAUUUAAUAACAAUAAUAAGCCCAUUCUAGUUAUAUUUAUAAAAAUAAAUUUUAUGAAAAAAACAUGUUUCUAAAGCAAAAUAAAUGUUAUUGAGAAGUAAGAUCUUCUUAAUGUUUUACUCUAAUAUCUACCCACCAGGAGAUGGCCAGACCCACGUUUGCCUCUGUAUUCAACACUGAGGUAUCAACUGUAUGUAUAAGUUAUGCAGGUUCUAGAACACUUCACUAUCUGCAGUAUAAGAAUGAGAGCAAAGAAAACAAAAAAUGUUUGAUGAUGAUGAUAAUGGAAACAUUAUUAACCUUGUCGACUCCUUGAAAUUGUGACACCCCCAGAAAUUCUGCAAACCACGUUUUGAGAACCAAGAUAGAGGAACCUGGAAUUGAGUCAAGCAUUUAAAAUCAUAGUUUAAAAUGGUAGCCCUUUGAAAUUUACAUAGUACAGUAAUCCAGUGGUAAAAUUGAAUCCAAAAAAGAAUUAUAAAGCCAAGCCCACAAUGUUACUACUGCAACUACAAACGGACACAUUCUGAAGAGAAUCAGAAACAUUGAAAUAGCUAAAUCAGUUACGAUGGAAUACUGAGUUACCCAUAUGUAUAUGUUGUUUUAUUUUUUUGUGCAGUUGUUUCAAUAUUAUUUGAAUGAUUUUAACUAAAACACCAGACUGCAAGCUCAGAAACAAGUGCUGCGAAUAACUGGCCAUUUUUUAUUUUUUACCAAGUUGCAGUUUUUCAUGUUUCCUUUUCUGUAAAAUAAGGCUUUGGGUGGAUGUGUAUAUCUUUAUUAUAGUUUACAAAGCUUCACUUAUGUUGCACCCUUGCAUUCUCACAAUAUGCUUAUCUCCAUUCACAGUAAUAUGUGUGUGGCAAGAUCAAGUGAUUUUUUUUGUUCAAGGAAAAUAAUGUUCUCAUCCAGACACUUUUGCUAAAUCAUGCCUUGUCCUUAAAGUGCCUUCCAUAUGUAAAAGUCACUUGUUUUAAGUAUUUGUUGAAACUAGACAUGAACCCAAUUCUGUGUUAGCCACUCUGGGGAACAUUAAAAUAGUAAACA